GGUUAAAGAGAAGCUUUCAGCUCCGAAGUGUGAGAGAUCUUCUACUCUGCCUGAAAGCAAGUGGUGUCGGGUUGGAGGACGCGUGUCAGGAUGGCAGCAGUUUCUACAGAUUAUUCAGGACAGGGGUCCGCCAAGAUAACUCCUGAAGUGUUACAGGAGAUGCUCCAGUACUACAACCUGAGCCGCCAGGAGUUCAUCAACACUUACAAAAUCCAGCCGCUCAUCUACAUCCCCGAGUUACCGUACAGCGCCAAGACCACCUUCGUAAUAAUGUAUAUUCUUAUUUUCGUCCUGGCUCUGGCUGGAAAUAGUUUGGUCAUCUACAUAGUUGUAAAGAAGCGGGCGAUACAUACGGCGACAGAUAUUUUUAUUUGCUAUUUGGCGGUCAGCGACCUGCUCAUCACUUUCUUCUGCAUACCUUUCACUUUGCUGCAGAACAUCUCGUCUGAAUGGUUCGGCGGAGUUCUGGUGUGCAAGACGGUUCCCUUUGUGCAGACCACAGCCAUCGUGACAAGCAUCCUCACUAUGACCUGUAUUGCCAUUGAGAGAUACCAGGGCAUAGUCUUCCCGCUGAAAAUGAGGAGGCAGUACUCGUCCAAGAGAGCACACAAGAUGCUAGGGCUGGUUUGUAUUGCAUCUGUGAUAGUGGGUUCACCAAUGCUAUUUGUGCAGCAGCUAGAGGUGAAGUACGACUUCUUGUAUGAUCACUAUCACAUCUGUUGUCAGGAGAGAUGGCGUUCUCUGACUCACAGGCAGGUGUACACCACGUUCAUCAUGGUGGCUCUUUUCCUGCUCCCACUGACAGCCAUGCUUUGCCUCUACACACGUAUUGGCAUUGAGUUGUGGAUCCGCAAGAGGGUGGGCGACUCCUCCGUCCUCAACACCAUGAACCACCGGGAGAUCAAUAAGAUCUCAAGGAAGAAAAAAAGAGCCGUUAAAAUGAUGAUCACCAUCGUUCUGCUAUUUACCAUUUGCUGGGCACCAUUCCACACAGUGCACAUGCUGUUUGAGUACCAUGACCUGGAGACCAAAUAUGACGGAGUCACACUAAACAUGAUCAUCGCCAUUGUUCAGGCCAUCGGGUUCUCCAACAGCUUCAACAAUCCCAUCGUCUACGCCUUCAUGAACGAGAACUUCAAGAAGAGCUGCGUCUCCACCCUCUCCCACUGCAUCCCAAAGCCUAACCAGCAAGGCGGCGCCGUGGUGGCGUCCAAACUGAACGUGCAGUUCAUCAAACCCAAAAGCAGAGAAGCCUUCCUGGAAUCAGAUGAAGGUGACAGCUCGAAGCGGGACUCGGCAGAGAAAGGACCUUCAAGUUCAUUGCAUGGCGAGAGCUCGUUGCAAAUAAAAGGAGAAAAAAUCUUUACCAUCCAAACAGAGCUCCAUGCAAACAACUCCUCUUAAGUCAAAUGAGAAACCGCUCCAAGUUGAGCUGUUUAGCCAAAGUAUUCGACCCUCGAUAAGCCAGCUGCAGGUGCUUCAUAUGGGAUUUCAAUUCUCACAAGUCUUGGAAACACAUCUCUGCAGUGAAAGAGGCAAAAGUGUUUUUUCAUUCUGGUCUGGAAAACAGCUGAAAGAAAUUAAGGAAUGCUCAAAAGAGGCAGUUUUGCCAUAAAGAAGACCGGCAGGAACAGCAGUCAGACACUGAAACACCAAUUUGUUGUCUGAAUGGAGAAAUCAUUUAAGUUGAGAUGUCUCUGAAACCUGCAGGACACUUAGUGUCGGGUGGAAGCACGUUCAGUUCCAUGCCAAAUGAGCACUAACUGUUACCACUGUGGUGUUGUGGUACUCUGAGAACUGUUUGAAGACACUGAGGACACUUAACUUUACAGAGCCGAAUGCCUUUUAGUAGCAAAGAAUGAUGCCUCAGCUUUCAUUGCACUGCUAAAUUGGAUCAAGUCAGCAUGAAACUCAGUGUGGUUCCGGUUCAAUUGCAAAACGUUAUUUUAAUUGGUUGUUCUUAGACAUUUUUAUUGAUUUAAAAAUCUUCUGGAAAUCAGAGAUCACCUCGUCAUAACAUUCAAGGGAUAAUGUCAGAUGAUAAAAAAAACAACGUUUUAGAUUAAACCUUAUGACAUACAAAA